GAGCAGCCUGGGGAGUAGGAAGAGAGCCAAACUUGUGUGUGCCAUGGAAGCCAAGUGAAAAGGUUUCAGGGAGCAGAGAGGGAACCAGUGUGUCAGAUGAGGCUGAUGAGGACUGAGAAUUGACCAUCAGAGCCAACACCAUUGUGGUCACUGGUGACCCUGACGAGGCCCGCCUCCCUGCACCCAUCCGGCAGCCCAGGUCCCCACCUCUAGAAAACAGCGGAACUGAGAAAAGAAGAGGCCUGUGCACAGAAAAACCAUGUCUGACUCCCUGGUGGUGUGUGAAGUGGACCCAGAGUUAACAGAAAAGCUGAGGAAAUUCCGCUUCCGAAAAGAGACGGACAACGCGGCCAUAAUAAUGAAGGUGGACAAAGACCGGCAGAUGGUGGUUUUGGAGGAAGAAUUUCAGAACAUUUCCCCGGAUGAACUGAAAAUGGAGUUGCCAGAGAGACAGCCCAGGUUCGUGGUUUACAGCUACAAGUACGUGCACACGGAUGGCCGAGUGUCCUACCCUUUGUGUUUCAUCUUCUCCAGCCCUGUGGGCUGCAAGCCUGAACAGCAAAUGAUGUAUGCGGGGAGUAAGAACAGGCUGGUGCAGACGGCAGAGCUCACAAAGGUGUUUGAAAUACGCACCACUGACGACCUCACAGAGGCCUGGCUCCAAGAGAAGUUGUCUUUCUUUCGUUGAUCUCUGGGCUGUGGAAUUGAAUUCCUGAUGUCUGAGUCUUCAAGGGGACUGGGGACGUGGACCCCUUAGGACCUGAACAUCCAGGACCCUAAAUAAAUUAAAAAUGCGAGAACUCAGA